AUGCUUAUUGAUGUUGCUAUUGAGCAAGUGCAGGGGCUAAUUACCUUUUUUAAUGGGUAUAGAGACACUGGUUUUUGUAAUGCAUUGGAAACAGCAAAAGAAAUUGCACUUGAAAUGGAGAUCGAUCCUACAUUUCGUCAAAAGCGUGAGAUUAAAAGAAAGAAACAAUUUGACGAAAACCCAGAUGAUGUGUUAGUUUCUUCACAACCUGCACAUGAAUCAUUUAGGAGAAAAUAUUUUAUUCCUGUUGUUGAUCAGGCUAUCAGUUCACUUACAACAAGAUUUGAGCAAUAUGAAUCAUUCCAAAAGAACUUUGGUUUUUUAUUUACUUCUGAUGCACUAAAAUCAUUGGAUGAGAAGAGCUUAAAAUAUUCUUGUAGUGUUCUUGAGGCUGCACUAAAGAGUGGGGGGAAAUCAGACAUUAAUGGUAGUGAAUUAUAUGUUGAGCUAAAUUUACUUAAAAGUUUCAUUCCAAAUGAUAAUAUGGGGCCGGUUGAUAUCUUGAAAUUUCUUAAACGGCUAGAUUGUUUCCCUAAUGCAACUAUUGCAUAUAGAAUUUUGUUAACUAUUCCAGUGACCGUCGCAUCAGCUGAGGGAAGUUUCUCCAAAUUGAAAUUAUUGAAGUCCUAUCUACGUUCAACAAUGACACAAGAAAGGCUCAGUGGGUUGGCUACUAUAGAAAUUGAAAAUGAUAUACUGGAGGGGGUUGCUUAUGAAGAUCUAAUUGAAGAUUUUGUAUCAAGAAAUGCUCAAAGGAUGGCACGCUUUGGCUAA